UUUUUUUUUUUACUAUUUAUUAUUUUGCAAAAUUUAAUAAACCCAAAAUUCUUCUUCUCUCUUCGCACGCCUCCGUUUUCUCACUCUAAUCUAUCACUUCUCUCUCUCUCUUUCUCUCUCUAAAACUUUACUGAAAACCCUAAGUUCCGAUUCAUCCUCCAUGAGCAUCCAAACCAUGGAUAUUGAGGAGGAGAUUCGGUCUUUACAACUAGACCCUGCAGACCCUGCAGAAGAUAAUGGGGUUGUUAAUCCUGAAGAACCAAAGACUGAAGAAGUUGAGGAAAGUGAUAGAAUGGAGGAAGACACAAAGGAAGAGGUCCAAACACACACUAGUGAGCCUGAGCCAAUUGAAGUUGAACAGAAAGUUCCAAUGAAAGAGAAAGAAAUUCCAACCCCAGAAGAGGAUGAAGAACAGAUGGAACUAAAUAAGAAGAGGCAUUUGAAUGUUGUCUUCAUUGGUCAUGUGGAUGCUGGUAAGUCCACAACUGGAGGCCAGAUACUUUUCCUUAGUGGUCAGGUGGACGAUCGUACUAUUCAGAAGUAUGAAAAAGAAGCCAAGGAUAAAAGCAGGGAAAGUUGGUACAUGGCUUAUAUUAUGGACACCAACGAAGAGGAGAGGGUUAAGGGGAAAACAGUUGAAGUUGGAAGGGCGCACUUCGAAACAGAGACAACAAGAUUUACAAUUUUGGAUGCACCCGGUCACAAGAGCUAUGUGCCAAAUAUGAUCAGUGGUGCAUCUCAAGCUGAUAUUGGAGUUCUUGUUAUUUCUGCCCGUAAAGGAGAAUUCGAGACGGGUUAUGAGAGAGGUGGACAGACUCGUGAGCAUGUCCAACUUGCUAAAACCUUAGGUGUAUCCAAGCUACUUGUUGUUGUUAACAAAAUGGAUGAUCCAACUGUGAACUGGGCAAAAGAAAGGUACGAUGAAAUCGAGACAAAGAUGACACCGUUUCUAAAAUCGUCUGGCUACAAUGUGAAGAAAGAUGUCCUAUUUCUACCUAUUUCUGGUCUGCUUGGCACGAACAUGAAAACUAGAUUGGAUAAGAGUGUAUGUCCGUGGUGGAAUGGUCCUUGCCUCUUUGAAGCCCUGGAUGCCAUAGAAGUUCCUCUACGAGAUCCUAAAGGCCCUUUCAGGAUGCCGAUUAUGGACAAAUUUAAAGACAUGGGAACUGUUGUAAUGGGAAAAAUAGAAUCUGGCAGUGUGCGGGAAGGUGAUUCCUUAUUGGUCAUGCCAAAUAAGGCUCAUGUUAAAGUCCUCGGUAUAUAUUGUGAUGAAGAUAAGACUAAGCGUGCAGGACCUGGUGAAAAUGUUAGGAUCAGGUUAUCAGGGAUCGACGAUGAUGACAUAUUGUCGGGAUUUGUUUUAUCAAGUGUUGCAAAACCAGUAGCAGCAACAACCGAGUUUAUUGCCCGGUUGCAAAUCCUUGAGUUACUGGACAAUGCAAUCUUCACGGCUGGAUAUAAAGCCGUUCUUCACAUCCAUUCUGUUGUUGAAGAGUGUGAAAUUGUAGAGCUGCUACAGCAAAUUGAUCCAAAGACGAAGAAACCAAUGAAGAAGAAAGUGCUUUUUGUGAAGAACGGUGCUGUUGUUCUCUGCCGAGUCCAGGUGAGCAACUUGAUAUGCAUUGAAAAGUUCUCAGACUUUCAACAACUUGGGAGGUUUACGCUUCGGUCUGAAGGGAAAACAGUUGCUGUGGGUAUAGUCAUGGACCUUAAUUCAUCUUAAAACAAUUUUGACAUAAGGAGUUACAGAAGGGGCCAAUCGAGUCGUAGUUUGGAGGGGGUUUAAACGGUGUGUAGAAGACUGUCCGACGACUCGUUGAGAACGUAUUGAUACUGUAUUUUGCAUGCUUGUAGAAGGGUGCAAUUAUUUAAUGUCGCCAGUGCUCGUUUCGCGGGCACCAUUGCUUUUGUUUACACUCAGAUGGGCUGUAGAGUUUGACCUUAUUUGUCCAUUGCUCCUAAAUUUUAUUGAGAAACAUUAGUGAUUGCUCACUUUUUUUUUUAUUUAUUUAUUUAAUGUGCUGCUUAAAGUUUGUGGUGAGAGAAAAAAUGUAAGCGUAAUUUUGAAGCAUAUUGGCUUACGUUUUUUCUUGCAUUGCAUAUCUAAAGUUUUUUAGUCCAUUUUUCUUGUUUGGUUUGGUACAUUUUAGCUUUAGAUUUUUGCUAAUUCUUUGAAUAAUAAAAGAUGGAGUUUCUAAACA